UAAAGAUGCAUUAGGUGAUGAGGGGGGCAUGUGGAGCCAACUGUCGGGCCAGAUGAGCUUCUCGCCGAGUUCAAAGUUGGGGACUCUUCCUGUAAGCAUGUCCUCCGUAUUUUUCAUUUUGGCGCUCGGGCUGCCGUUGUUGUCCUCCGCUGCGCUGGGCAGAGAUUUUCAAGAGCGAGAAAACCUGUCAGCUUUGAAGAGGCUGCUGAGGGAGUUAGGCAGGGAUGGGGAGCCGCAUAGUUUAGAGAGGUCCGACCUCUCGAGACGCAGCGCAGGACUGAAUGGACAGACAUGUACACCCCUGCCCGGAGUAGAGUCAGCCCUGCAAAACAACACCCAUACUUUCACCUUCAAAGUGAGAACCAUGAGUUCCCUGUCGCUGGUCUGGGUGGGCGAUGGAUCAGGGGUGCUGCUGGUUGUGACAACAUUUCAGGUGCCGUUGUUCAUGAUGCGCAUCGGUCAGUCUAAUCUCUACAGGAGUGAAGACUAUGGGAAGACCUUUAAAGACGUGACUCACCUUAUCAACCACACCUUCAUCCAGACUGACAUUGGCAUCGCCAUCAGUCCUGACCAAUCUGGGAAGGUGAUUCUGACUGGUGAUGUGUCAGAGAUCGGGGGGUUUCAGCUGUUUCGCUCACAGGACUUUGGCCUCACCUUUGUUCCAACCAAUCUCCCGUUUGAACCCCUCAUUCAGAUGUUGUACAACCCUGGAGACAGCAACGCAAUUCUGACACUCAGUAUCACGUUGGACCUGUGGCUGUCUGAGGACUUUGGCGCCUCCUGGAGGAAGAUCCAUGACAGUGUGUGCUUGGUCAGAUGGGGUCCAAAGAACAGCAUCUAUAUUACAACAAACUACAACGGAUCAUGCAAUGAUAAAGGAAUGCUAGAGUUAAGGAAGACGGUGGACUAUGGUCGAAGUUUCCAGACCAUUGCAACAAGAGUUUAUUCCUUUGUACUGGGAGGAAAAUUUGUUUUCGCUUCCAUCAUGACUGGCACGGGUACAGAGCGUAUGAUCCACGUGUCAGUGGACGGAGGUGAGGUGUGGAACAUGGCCCAGCUUCCUACAGUCAACCACGAGCAGUUCUAUUCCAUCCUGGCAGCCACUCAGGACAUGAUCUUCAUGCAUGUGGACGACCCCGGAGACUCUGGUGUGGGAACCAUCUAUGUGUCUGAUGACAGAGGAACCGUGUUCUCUAAGUCUCUGGAGCGCCAUCUAUAUACAACCACGGGAAGUGACACUGACUUCACUGCCAUUAGUUCACUCAGGGGCGUCUACAUGACCAGUGCACUCACAGAGGAUGGUGAUGUGGAGACAGUGAUCACCUUUGACCAAGGAGCAAGGUGGCAGACUCUGCGCAGACCUCAGGACAGCCAGUGUGACACAGAGACCUCUACUAACAGGCCAAACAGAUGUAGACUUCACAUCCACGCCUCCUACAGCACCACCAUGAAGAUGAACGUCCCUAUGCUGCCUCUAUCACAGCCCAAUGCAGUGGGCCUCAUUCUGGCCCAUGGCAGCGUUGGAGAUGCAGAGUCAGCUCUUUCUCCUGAUGUGUACGUGUCUGAUGAUGGUGGCUACAUGUGGCUGUUGGCCCUCAAGGGCCCUCAUCACUAUGCUAUCCUGGACUCCGGAGGCCUGCUGGUGGCUGUAGAGCACACCAACUCACCUGUCAACCAGAUCAAGUUUUCAACAGAUGAGGGACAGUGCUGGCAUACAUAUAACUUCACCAGCGACCCAAUUCACUUCAGUGGUAUGGACAGCGAGCCCGGCUCUCGCUCCAUGAACGUCAGCCUGUGGGGCUACAGGAGCGGCUCCAGUAAAUGGGUGGUGAUCACCAUAGACUUCAGGAGACUCCUCAGCAGAGACUGCACUGAAGGGGACUAUGUACAGUGGCUGGGUCACUCUGCAGACCCCAGUGGAUCUAAUGAUGGCUGCGUGCUGGGCUUUAAAGAGACCUUCUUGCGCCUGAGGAAAGGCUCCGUCUGUUGGAAUGGGAGGGACUACGCUAUCACGAAGACGCUGUCCCCCUGUCCAUGCACAGUCGAUGAUUAUCAUUGCGACUUUGGAUAUUACCGACCAGAGAACAGCUCAGAGUGUGUGGAGCAGGAGGAGUUGAAGGGCCGUCCCCUGGAGUUCUGUUUAAACGGGACCACAGAACAGUUACAGACCAGUGGCUACCGGAAGAUUCCAGGAGACCAGUGUGAGGGAGGUUUCCAGCCAGAAAGGAAGGAGACCGACUUGAGGAGGAUGUGCACCAGCAAUGUCCUUUAUCCAAAUUCUCUGACUGAGACCAGUUCCCCGAACGCUGCUGUCAUAGUGAUGGUUGUCAUAGCGGUGCUUCUGUCGAGUGCUGUCGCAGGUGUUUGGCUGGUUAAGAAAUACGUCUGCGGAGGACGGUUCCUCGUGCACCGAUACUCUGUCAUGAGGGAGCACGUUGAAGCCAAUAAGAUAGAAGGAGUCGAUGAUAUUGACCCUCACUACAUGGAGACGGGAAAAGCACAGUACAAUGAAGAUUCAGAUCAGGACCUCUUGGAAUAAGGCUCCUCAAGACUAAAUUUAACGCAGUCUUUCAUGACGCCUGGGCAUUCCUGUUGCUCCCACAUGCUGAUUAACAUCUGCUUCUCACUUCUCGCUAUCCCCUGGUGGCUGGAGGACUCAGCAGCAGCGGGGUGGCUUCUCACAUUGCUUCCUUCUACCAGUCAAGGCUCCCACAAAAAAGGCGAACCGGUGGUUUGGGGAGGGGGAUAAACCCAGCGCAGAACAGAAGAAAGCCUCUAGGUUCCCUGGAGAGCUUUUAUUGUUUCUGUCACAAAGAGUUCUGUAAAGGCCGUUGAGUCUGAAUAUGUGCUCCGUUGUCCUCUGUAUGUUUCCUUUCACGCUGACCUGAGAAGAGGUGGCCUUUCAUAUCGUGAUGCACUUCAGAAGCGCCACACAGAGGCUAGGACUUGGAUAUUUAGGCUCACAGAAAAUUUUUAUUAAGACUUAAGGAACAGCCAAGCAACAGAACACAGGAAAUUAUCAUCAGUAUUUUAACUCAAAGAUUUUGUCUGCUGUCAGUUAAGUAGUUUUUAUACUCUAUAAAUUUAAAUCUGAAGUAUACAGUCCUGCUGUGCGUGGCAGGCCAUUUUAACAUUCAUUUUGUCAGUUUCACCAGUCACGUUUAGAAAUAGUGUAUAUUUUAACCACAUUUUUAAUAGAAUCCCAUCAAGCGAUGCACUUUAGAUACAAAUCUUUUGAUACACUAACUGUAAUAACUAUUUAAUAAAGACUAUUCUGUCUCACGUAUUUCACGUAAAUCAUAAUAAUUACAAAUAUUUGAAUAGUCCAGUAGCAUUAUUAUUCCUGUCAAUAGUUUACUUUUUUAUCGUUUUCAUUACUGUUGUGAUAGUUUAAAUUGAUAAAGUCAGACUAAAAUGUAAUAGUAACCAGUACAAACACAAGCCAAAGUAGUGAAUACCACUGCUUACUUGUAACUAUUUUUGAUAUACAAAAAGUUGCUUGUCACUAACAGAUGUUAUCAUUAUUCAUUGUUUUUUAGUGUAAAUUGAAACUUUUGGAAUAAAUGUUAAAACAGCCUGCCAUUAUUGUGAGGAUAUAAAAUAUCAACAUUUUUUUAAUACAGUUUCAUACAGCCAGUAUCUUCUUGCCCCUAGUAUGUGUGUGGAAAACAAAAGACUUGAAUUAUUGCCAAAGCACUUUUAUUGUUUAGUUUUCUAAUUUUAGAGGUGAGACUAAACCUUAUUCCAGCAUUACAAGAGUAGGACAGUAAUGUUAAUGCAAAACCCUUUACUUGAACUUUCUGAUAUGUUUGCUUAACUGGACACACCAGUAUGUUGCUGUUGUGUUAUAUAUUUUUUAUUUUUAUUUGGCUGUUAUGUCCCAUAUGAGCCAAUACCAAUAUGCAUUUCAUCUAAUGAUCUUAAUACAGGUGCAGGCAUAGCUGUCAAGUAACCGACCUUACUAAUAUGACAUUCAUAAAACAGUUACUCAGUGCCAGUCAGCUAAAUAUUAGUAGUAUAAACAUAGUAUAUACAUCCCAAGAUUUAAACUGAUAACUCAUUUUUAAAGCUACUAUUAGCCAGUAUUUGUAGUUUUUUAUAUAUGUUGGUGCAUCCAAAAUAAGUAAUCUCACAGAUGUUGCAAAAUAUCCACAAUAACAGAACAAAUUGUCAGUUCAACGUGUGUUGUGGCCACCAAGAACUUUUUUCUGUUCACUGAAUUAGUUAUAGUUUCCCUUUAGAUGAGAUGUUGGCUGGCUACCAUUCCUGUUAUCUGCAGUGUAGAACUGUAACUAUUGACAUGUGCAGGGCUUAUGGCCAAUGCUUGUAUUCUCCAGCAGAGGCAAUAAUAUCCCAGCAAAUAAGCUAUUGUAAUAAGCUCGCCUAAUACAGAGGCAUAUUCUCAAGGACUGUUGGGUGGGCUCAUAUGAAAGCAAAUUCAUAUGCUUGACGCUUCUUUAUUUACACAACUGUCAGUUAGAACAAACCCAGCUUUUAACUGGAAUUAAUGAUUUAUUUUUGCACUGUACCGUACAGAUCUGUGAAAAAGUUGCAUCUGUUCCGCCUUGUACAUCUAAUUUUUGUAAAAAUCCUCGGGCCAUGUUUUGUGAUCUUCAUUUCUUGACUGUUUGCUAGGAUAUCAGAGAUGAGUAUUGUUGAAUUAAACUAUUCUGUAGCGCAUUUGUUUUAUAACAACAUUUGCAUUUAUUGAAUGAAAUAACACUCUGUCUUUUACAUCACCUCGGUUGUGUUUGGGGUUUUUUUCAUGUACAGUUUCUGUUUGAAUCACAGUCCUGCAACUAAAAAAUAUGAAAAAGUAUGCAUGAAAAACACAGCCUACUAAAAUAUAAAAAGUAUAAGUAGCCCUUGCCAAGAUGUGGCUUUUGUAAAAUAGUUCUUUUUUUCAAUUAUUGCGCUAACUGAUGAGAAGUAUUUCAGUAGACCAAACUGUUCAGUAUUCUGCUGGUUGUGUUGUAACCUUGAAGGGAAGGGGAAUGAUAUGCAAGGACACAAUGCCCUCCUUCCUGCAGUCACCAAAAAAAAAAAAACAGCAGCACAAGAAAAGAGAA